CAAGGGCGGCAGAGGAGAGCAUUAUCCUGAGAGAUAAAGAGAUAAUUGAUAAUCUCAGAGAGAAAUCCGACCCCGACACCAUCCCCAUUGACUCCAUGAACCCCAAACCCGUGGAGGUCAAAGUGGAGAACAGUCUCCUGUAUGUGGUCACAGCCGACCCGGAAGCCGAAGUAGUUGAAAUAGUCCUCAGGCAGAAAUUGAUUUGGCGAAGCCCAUCUCUCGCCUGGAGCAACAGCAAGCCUGACGUAGACAAUGUCAGCAUCCCUUUGCGCUACCUCUGGUCACCGGACACAGCUCCUACAAACGGAGUCAGCGUCCAAGAACCACUGUCUCCUGAGAUAGCUGUAGUCUCCGCUGAUGGGGAAAUCACCUACGCACCUCAAAUGCGUGUCGGCAUCCAUGCUGAUCUGAAAGGUUUGAGUUCUUCAGCAGGCGUAAGAAUUUCCUUCACUCUUGAAUCCUGGACCUAUGACAACACCAGGUUCCGGUUCGCAAGUCCAGCAUCUUCAAACUUUGACCUGGAGGAGUUUGAGAGCAAACGAUACAAGGUCUCAGACGCCAAGGUGGAGAAACGUACAAAAUGGCACCCUUCAAGGCCAAGCCUGCAUGAAUCUCUAGAGUUCUCAUUUUUGCUCAAGAGAAUAGAGUAA